CUGUGACUAGCAGCGAGGAUCAACGCCCGCCAUCCCAUCCUCCCGCUCCGACUAUCGUCCGUUCGUUCUCCUCUUUCCGAACUCCAUCCGACCAAUUCUCCACUGUCUUCAACUCCUCGUUGUCUUGCCCUCAAGUUUCGGCCUGAGAUCUCUCAUCCUCUUCGCCUCAUCUUUCACCCACAUCGCCCACCCCUCUGCCACCCAUCCGCGAUCUUCGCCACCUGCAGUCAUACACCCUGACUUGUUCUUGAACCAUCUUCCGAUAGCUCCUCCUUCAUCGCUAAUACCCCGCCACAAUGUCGACCUCUGCCCGUCGUCGCCUUAUGCGCGAUUUCAAGCGUAUGCAAACCGACCCUCCUGCUGGAGUUUCCGCAUCUCCUGUAGCAGACAAUGUCAUGACCUGGAAUGCGGUCAUUAUCGGCCCCGCUGAUACGCCCUUUGAGGACGGCACAUUCCGGCUCGUGAUGCACUUCGAGGAGCAGUACCCCAACAAGCCUCCAGGCGUCAAAUUCAUCAGCCAGAUGUUCCAUCCCAAUGUCUACGGCACGGGGGAGCUCUGCUUGGACAUCCUACAGAACCGUUGGAGCCCAACCUAUGACGUGGCCGCGAUUCUUACCAGUAUUCAGAGCUUGCUCAACGACCCGAACACCUCAUCCCCCGCCAAUGUAGAAGCCUCGAACCUAUACAAAGAUAACCGCAAGGAGUACAUCAAGCGGGUGCGCGAAACAGUCGAGAAGAGCUGGGAAGAUUAGAGACGAGAGAGGAGGGGAGACGACUAUGAUAUAUUACUAUACGCGGGUUUGGAUCUCUUGGGUUCAUGGCGAUGUUGACAAUGUCUUGCUUGCCCUGUGUUCCACUUGGGCUUGGUGCCCGAGGCAUUGAUCAUGCUCUUGUGGAAAUGCAAGGGCAGCGAACCUAAGGGACUUGCACCCCGUUGAUGACGUGCACAGCGUGGGGUUUUGGCGCCUGGUUUCAUCUUGAUCUGUUCUUCUUAUCGUGAUCUCCCAUUGGUAAUUAUGAAUAGCUGCAUCGGUUUCAUGUUUAUGUUCAUGUUGUUUGUUGUUUCACUUGAAUGCACUCGACUUUGGUGUCUCCUUGCUCAUUGCCGCUACUGCAUGUCAGAUACUCGGCCCGACAAUUCGGCUGCUUUGAAUUCUUUUAAAUUUGAGUUUCCA